GGGGACGAAAAAUGAGACCACGAUUGUCGGUAUGAAUUCGGUAAAAUAUGACCCGGAUGGAAUGUGUGGAUAUGUGUUCUCACACCGACUCUCGCUGUCAGCUUCUCGAUUUCUGCCGGGCGAUAUGCUCGAAAGGUGAAAUCACCAGAAAGGAACGUGCCGAGGCACUGGGCACAGAGCGAUCACAUGAGCGAGCAUGGAUGCGAGACGGAUGCCCCAGAUACUGGCACACAUAACUCAAGGCGCCACAUGCACCAUUCACGACACGGUCUGGGUGCCGUGCAGCGCGAAAUUCGUGCUGCUGGGCUCGACGUCGCGCAACCAGGGAGCGUUCCAGAUCUACGAACUGGAGAACACGGAGAUCAAGAAGCUCAAGGACGUGGUCAAGGCCGACAGCUUCAAGUGCGGAACAUUCGGAGCCAGCAGCGUCGAGCAUCGGUGCCUGGCCACGGGUGACUACAAGGGCAAGCUGUGCACUUGGGACCUGGAAGACCUAAGCUUGCCCGUUUUCCAUACCAAAGCGCACGAGUCGAUCAUCAACGCCAUCGAUGCCAUCGGCGGGCUCGGGGUUGGCAAUGGCGCUCCGGAAAUUGUGACCGGAGGACGCGACGGGAAGGUGCUGGUGUGGGACCCGAGGCAGAAGGACGUCCCCGCCGCCUCAUUCGAGCCCGCGAGUGGUGGCGCGAGGGACUGCUGGGCUGUGGGCUUCGGGAACUCGUACAACGACGAAGAGAGGUGCAUUUUGGCGGGGUAUGACAAUGGGGAUUUGAAGCUUUUCGAUCUGCGGUUGAAUAAAAUCCGAUGGGAGACCACAUUGCCGAACGGCGUAUGCGGGGUCGAGUUCGAUCGCAAGGACAUCAAAGCCAACAAAUGUGUGGCCGUGACGUUGGAAUCCAAGUUCCACGUUUUCGAUCUUCGGACUCAGCAUCCCGACAAGGGCUUCGCGAUGAUGACGGAGACUCUGAAACACGGAACCACCGUCUGGGGAGUGAGACACCUUCCCCAGAAUCGGGAGAUUUUCAUGACGCUUGGUGGCGAUGGCUCGCUGUCGCUUUUUAAGUACUCGUAUCCGUCGCAGCGCUGGGUCAAGGACGGCAGGGAUCUCAAGUGCGGUGUGGCGGGAACCGUCGAGCUCCUGUCCAACAAAUCAUUCGCCACGCAGCCCAUAUCUUGCUUCAACUGGAACAAGGACAAAGAAGGCCUCGCCGUCUGCGGCUCGUUCGAUCAAAACUUUCGAGUCAUGGUCGUCACGAAACUUGAUAAGUUCUAGGAUCGACCGUCCGCCUUGUGAUGCGUCGAUUCUCAUGAAUACUCCUGCACCCCUGCUGGCAAAGUGCAUCAUCCGUCGUCAUAAGAGCAAACUUCGAGAAUCAAAGUCCACCAAGUGCAUUGCAUUGCCAAGGCGCUCAAAGGGCUGCAUUUUAAUGCAGUGACUCCUAGCUCCUUCCGCCCUGUCGAUUGAAGCAAAGUUGAGUACCGUCAUGUCGGGGUCACGUAGGAGAACUCCACCAAGCAAGAAUGUCUGUGUACGACCUCGUGUAACGUCGAAGAAGAGAAGAGUAGUGCCUUCUCUUGCAUGUCUUCGCGUGCCUCAAUCUCCACGGCACAGGUGACUUUGCACAAACUUUUCCCGUGAACGCGAGGAGAGUUUCGCAAUCAGCGACCUUCAUGUUCAAUGUUCACGAUCGACGAGAUUCGGAGGACGGGUCGAGAUUGCUCCGCAAGGCAGACGAGAAACAUCGGUGAGGAAAGUCGCUCAAUAGAGUACACAGCAAAAUUAAUAGAGGAACAGGUUGAAGGAAACUCACUGUAUUGACUCGCCUCGGUUUUGUAACAAUAGAAAAUAAUAUUUCUACCAAUAAUAAGAGUUCAUGCUCUAGGGGAAGACUCGUAUGGGACUACGACCACCUCCACUUGAAAACUAUGCUAACACCGUUUUGGAAGGAGAAGCAGGAAUAACUGAUAGUUUUGUGUAAUAUGUUACUUUUAUGAGGACAACCCUGGAUGUAGAGCAUGCAUAUGAAGAGGAUAUCAUCAGUUUAGUACUCUCUUCUGUAAACAAUUUUGAAACCGCUUUGAAAAGUAAUGAGAUUAUCAUUCAUUUUAGUGUAUAUUAUUGCUUAAUAUAGACCGUUGCAUUCUACAAUUGAGCCGUUAACUUACAUUGGAGGAAGUACUUUCACAUUCUGGUCAGAUAUCGAUAUUGAAACCUUUACUAACUUUUACUAUCUCUAUUGAGGAAAAGAGCCGCAAAGAUUGAUGUCAGGAAAAUUUCUCAACAUUAUCCGUUGUUGAUUUGAAUGUGGUCACAUUUCGACAAAAUUCUACUAAGACUGUAUUCAGGAGACAAUAAUUUGCGAAGGUCGCGAAGGCAACUGUUGGACACGUAUGCAAUGUGGGCUUCCGGCGCCUAGAUUGAUUGAUAUUAAG